AUGGAGAAAAAUAUAGACCAGCUUGGUCGAAAGAAUGAGUGUUGCGUCAGUGAGGAGAAUGGCUGGUUUCUGGAACCACGUGGUCCAGGUGGGUCUCGUGAUCGUGAAUAUCUUGGCCGAGGUCCUCCACCAGGAACAGGGCGCUGCUUCAACUGUGGAAUUGACGGCCAUUGGGCCCGAGACUGCAAGGCUGGAGACUGGAAGAACAAGUGUUAUCGCUGUGGGGAACGAGGCCAUAUAGAAAAGAAUUGCCAAAACAGUCCCAAGAAACAAAAACCUGGGCAGAGCACCUCCAGGUCUCCAGUUCCUCAUCGUGGCCGAAGCCGAAGCCGAAGCCGAAGCCGAAGCCAUGGUUACAGCAGGAGUCGUAGCUACAGCCGAUCCAGAUCACCCCCAAAGAGAGAGCGCAACAUUGAGCGUGGGGAGAGAAGAUCAAGGAGCCCCAAGCGGCACAGAAGUUCACCUCCUCCAUCCAAAGGAAGGAAGCAUAGCCCAACACCUGAUGAGAGAAGCCCAGAAGAGAGAGGUACCCCUUCACCAGGGGAUGGCAGGCAGGCCAAUGGCAAUGGAUCAGAGUACAGUAAGAGCCCCAAGGCAAGGAGAAAUAGCCCUAUGGAUGAUGCUGAAGGAGAUAGCCCCAAGGACAGGAGCCCUGUUGAAGACAAUGGUCAGAGUCGCAGCCCUAGCCCUGUCCUUAGGAACCAUGAAAGCCCUGUUGAUGAUGAUGAGAUCCAUGAUUCCCCAAGAGGCAGUGAGUCGGCUUAAGAGCAGCUGCAAGAAAGUUAGUUCUUUGCACUUAAUUUUUGUUUGGUCUUGAAUGGUCUUGUCGCUUUCGUGAGGUAUGUUGUUGAGGUAUGCUAGCAUUUUCUCUAUUUGAUGAAGUGACAUGUGGAAUUACCCGUCAUUACAGCUUUUCUUCUGCUCUUGCUCCGAACCUGGUGUUAGACAUUAAUGGCGAAAUGUAUGGGGCAGUUUUAUUUGAAAUGCUCAAUUCUGAGAUUUUAACUUAUGGCGAUAAGUUAACACAUGCAGGGAUUUUGGUUGUUCGGUACGUUUUUCCUCAAUUUUUACUCCAUGAUUACAUAUGCUAUAUGUAAGUGGUUCCCCUAUUAAUACAUAAUUGGUAAUCUCCAAAAUUGAGGGAAAGCGUACUGAAGAGGAUCUUAUUCCGUUAAUCUAUAGAAUUUGGAACAGGUUUUGCUGAAAUUUAGGGUUUUCUGUUGCAGAGAUACCCCUUGUCUCGUGAUUGACAGAGAAUCAAGGUAGGGGAUAGAUGUUGACAUCUGAAAAGUUUUGUCCAUUAAGCCUUGUUUUUCCUUGGGGCUAAAGAAAACUAAACAGCAAGCCCUUAAAUCUGGCAGCAGGAGAUCCCCUAGUCUAGGUGGAGGCCUGUCGUGGAGGGUUGGACAAUGGGGACCUGGGCAGUAGUCUCCUCAAGAAACUGCAAUUUCCAUUUCUGAACCUUGCACGAGUUGAUAGCUUUCUCGUGUUUUUGAAUGGUUGUUUGUUGGUUUGUUUAUUUGCGACUUGCUAAUGGAAAACGAAGGAAGGUGUUAUUUUCUAUUCUUUUGUACUCCUUUGCUGCCUGGACUAAUACCUCUCCUAUCAUUGGCACUUCAGAUGAAUAGGGAGAAAUUUUAUACAUCAUUCUCCUCCCUUUUCCUAGCUUCAGUAUGUUCCUCAGUAGCUAAGCUUCUGUUUUGUGAGCUCUAUCCU